AUGGAGAACGACGACGGCCAGUUUGUGUACACCAUCCAUGGCGUCAAAGUUUCCUUUCCUUGCAAAGCAUAUCCAACCCAGCUGUCCAUGAUGAACAUGGUGAGGUUUGAAUCAACCAGCUACAUGGCUCCGACUUUUGAGAAAGUUGCUAAUGAUGCGAGAUUAUGUGUGUGGUUUACUGAUCAUUGAAGUAACUGUUAUUGUGUUUAACAAAAACACGCGAGAUCGAAAGAGAUCGAUAAUCGAUUAACCCUCCAGGGGACUUACCUGAUUAAAAAUAUUUUAAUACUUAAAAAAAAGAUUUGAAACACUGCCAUUGUAACAACACGGAGACGCAAUGAAACAGUGGGAUAAUCACAGUGAUAAUGAUAAAUAGGUUUUUGUUAAAUCUCUAAUGAAACAAUUCAUAGUAAUCUGUUAUUAAUUAUGAUAAUUAUUUAUCGAAGUAGAUGUGAAUGGCGGUAGAUAUUUAAUCGGUGACUUCGCAGUUUGGUAAAUAUCUAUCACUUUGGAUGACAAUGAGGCAAGAAUGAACUCAAGUAAACAGCAUGCAAGCAGAAUAACUAGCUGACCAAUUUAUGUUAAGUGCUUGGAAAUUAUAAAAGUCUUGGUGCAUAACAAUGCAUGUUAAUUUUCACUCAAAGGAAAGUUGAGUCAAAAAAUGUAUGGGAGGCACUUAUUUUACUUGUUCUUGCUUCAUUUUCUUCAGUUGCCAUAUGAAAUUAGUCUUAUUGUAGAAACCACUCUGUCUUUAAAACAGCUGUUUCAUGGAUUGCAUUAUGACAUGCGAUCAAAUUGCUUUUCAUGUGUUGGUAUUUGUGCUUGUAUAUGUAUCUGCAUUGAAGUAGUUCAUAUAAAUUUUGCAUUUGUUUAUCUUUGCAUUGGCAUGAAACUUGUAAACCAAACCAAUUUGUUUGCCAUAUAUUUGGUUGUUUCUAAAUGAUAAUACUACUUUAAAUUGACAUACCUUUGACCCCUAAUACUUACCAGCAUCUAGUUUUUCUGAAAAAUGUGGCUCCUGAAUCAAACAGUAGGGUCACAAUAAAGGAUAUUAUUACUAACUGAAGAGCUUCUUGCUUAUUAAAAAAAAUUCUCCUUGUCGUUACCCUAGGAAAUGUAUAGAGAACAGUAUAGAGAAUAUGCAUACUGAUGUUUGGGUGUAAAGGGUACAUGUAAGUUAGGAUGAUUACAGCCAGUGGAUGUUUACACAAUGAUUGUCAUUCCUUCUUCAUGUAAUUUUUCACUGUUGCUUUAUAUUUUAGAUUAUCAAAGGAAUUGAAAGGCAUCAGAAUUCAUUGCUUGAAAGUCCAACAGGAAGUGGGAAGAGUCUAGCCUUGCUUUGUUCUUGUUUGGCUUGGCAAUCUGCAGAAUAUGGUACAAACAUUUGUUAAUGGCAAUUCUCUUACUGAUUGUAGAAAUGACAUAGUAAAAUGCUCAAAACUAAAGUGAAUCUAGCUGAGGGAUUUUGCAAGUAAAAUACAUUAAUAAACAGAUAACUGUUCGAGCCACCACAUACAUGUAGAAGUUUCUGUAUUUUGUCUUGUAAGUGGAUGUCUAAUUCUGGUUUUUAUCUUUAUUACCAGAAAAAAAGGCAAAGAUUGAGGAACAAAUGAAAGGUUGGUGGUUAUUUAUGUUGUCCUUUAUCUUUUGUACCAAGUCUGUUGGGCUAUUAUUUAAGGCAUUGAUUUUUCAAAGGAAACACUUUUGUUUUAAAAUUGUAGUAUGGUAAUACAAAUGAGGAUUUGUGAUUUAAAAGGUGCAUGAAGAAAGGUUAGUUUUCAAACAAUGUGGAAGCUUAAUAAUUGUUAUGGUAAGCUAAGAUUUGUUACUGCAGAAUUCCAUCCUGCAAAACCCCAAUAGUCUGACAACCAUGUUAUUUUGGCCACAUUUUGUACUCCAUGAAUGAAUAAAAAGCUUAGUCGCACGUUUAUCCUUGGUGGCGAGGCUUAUUUUACCAACAGGAAAUCACAUUUAUUUUAUUUUCUCUUAUACAGCAGAAAUAGGGAAUGAUGAAUGCUGUAUUAAGACUUGCAGUGAUGAACAGAAGCAGCUUCCAAUAGGUACAGUGAUAGACUAUGUAGUCUGUAAUUCCCCUGUUAAUUCAGUGAACAAUUUUUAGUGAAAUGAGACAAACUGAAAGACAAAGUAUGAUUUCCAAGCUUUGGUUACUCCCUGACUUAUACACUGGCUUAGGUAUGUGUGUACCCUCCCUUUAUAAAAUUUUACCUCAGAGGAUACUGUAUUUCUUCAAAUGAGCACCCAUGUUCUAAUUAGUGCCUUCCUCCAAAUUAGCACCCACCCUCAAGGCCAUGAUUUUCAGUUAGUUCCCCCCUUGGAAUCAAUAACAGAAUCAGAGCAGGAGAAUACUCAGUGCCCCCUCAACUUAGCACCCUCCCUCCAAUAAGUGUCCCCCAUUUAAAUAAGCACUUGGGCACUUGUUAGGGGAGAUCAAGGUUGGGCUCUAAGAAAAGUUGAAGGGAGCCCAGAGCUCUGAAACUGUGAAAUCCAGGGUGCCCAGCAUAUGCUAUUUAUGAAGAAACUAAAAUUCCUGAGUCGCCCAUGAGCAAAAGUAAGGUACCAGGAGCCACUGGGUGCUGUUAGACCACAGCCAUGGAGAUACAGUAUUUAAAAACAGAUUGAAGAAAUCAAUAUUAUUGGGCUAAAAAUAGAAAAAAAUUUAAGAUUGUUUACUAGAGAAUUCUUUAAGAAAAGAGUGUGUUUAUACCUCUGGCUAUUCAUUUUCAAGAGGUUUUCUUCACACUGAUAUUUUCCUCGGAAAAUUUAUACCAAGAGCAAGGUUAGACAUGUGGAAAGGUUCGUAUAACUUUGACAACAUAGAGCUGAGAUGAAGGAAUGUAAAGAGCAAUUUAAAAAAAAAUAAAUAAAUUGGAAGGAAAUCUAAAGGGCUAGAUAUAUUUUCUGUUUUAAACUUUUGUCAAUUUUUUUUAAAAUAUGCAUCAAGAUGCUUCAGUCAACAUAGCACAAAGCUUGCCAUCAAAAUAUUGAUGUCAGAAAUGUCAGACCAAGCAUGGACCAACUUUCAUGGAAAAAUAUCUUAUCAUAUAUUAUAUAUUUCUAGCAUUUAUUUGUUAAUGUAUUUUUGGUUCUUUAGAUCCAGCAAACAUUAUCAAAAAUGAUUAUUUCCAGCAAAAUAAUUCCAGUCUUCAUGUAAAGAUUUCUCCUGAAACACCACUGAAAACAGAAGCAGCAGUCACUCUGAAGAAGAUGCCAGGUUUGUUUUUAUUGGUUUUUAUUUUUUACAAAUCCAGUGUGACAUGCAGAAUUUUGACAAUGUAUUAUACUCUGCUUAAAAUAUCAUUUAAAUUGUGAAAGGAGUUUAAAUGAAAUCCAAGGUAUCUAUGGUAUAGAUAGAUUUAACUUUACAGCAACUUUAUGUCUAAACUUCUCUCCCAGAGCAAAGUGAGUCACUUCCUGGUAAAGAUAUUAAGUCUGGAAGCCCAACUGAUGAUGAUUUUCAACCAGCCAAGAAGCGUUUUAGGACUCCAGGGAAUAACCAGGUGAUGAAAACUCUUAUUUACUUAUUUGGAAUAUUUAAAAAGGUUGGCCAAGUUCAGAUUUAAAGCUGGUUUAAAUGAGGGCCUGUAUAAACAAUUUAGUGAGACCAGACAAUAACAUCAGCAGUGACAAGUAAAAGAGAGCUGUUUCAAAAGGUAAUGAGGAGAGAAUUUUUCCAAAAUCAAAUGGCUUUAAUUCUUUUAUGAAAUUAUAAGAGCAAAGGUUUGACAUCAAUUUUUUCUAUUUUCAGAUCAAUUUCUAAGUAUUUUUUUGAACUGAAUAUGUUUAUGGAAAAUGAUGUCCAGUUCUUUCAGAAAAUGUUCUCAAAUUAGAAUAGGACAAUAUUAUUUUUGUGUUUUAAGAGAAUAGUGCAAUUAUCCUAGGAGAAAUUAGGGAUCAUAAUUAACUAAGUGGUAGAAUGAUUUGAUUUUCAUUUUGAGUUGCUGUCUCAUAAACAUAGGUAGGUUAAACAUAAUUUUGAUAAUGAGAUGGUGGAAGAUAAAGAUGAGAAAACUUCAAAAAUCAAAAUCUCUUGUAAAAAAAGAGAAACUGAGAUGAUGUGAAAAAGAAAUUCUAUCUGAUCAAAAUGAUUUUUGAAUACAUCAGUGUCAGUUUCUUCUAUAAACUACAAAUUUUUUAAUUGAGCAUAGUUUUUUUGUUGAAUUUUCUUUUCUUCUGGAGCCAUUUCAUUUUAGGAUAAAUACGUUCUCACCUUUACAAUUUAAAUUGAUUUAGCAGACUGUGUCGUCAUCGAAAAAGAGGCGUGUCCAUCCUAAUGCUGGACCUUCAGGUGAAGAUGAAGCUGAUUAUGAACCCCCAGAAUGGACCAUGGAGCUAACAACAGAUAGAGAAGGGAAAAAUACUUCACCAAGUACUGCUGCAAAUGCCCUUGAUAACAAAGACAAGUUAUCACCAGAUGAUUGUGGAAAGAGUGACUCAAAAUCAGAAAGACUGAAGUAAGGGUUUUUCUCUGAAAAGAAAUGUCAUACAUUUUCAGUAUUCUUAAGUAAGAGAUAAACAGAGCAUCUAGAAAGAGUGGUUUCAAAUGGUGAAAAAAAUUCAAGAGUGGUAGAAGAGUGCUUCUGCUUAAACAAUUUUUUUGUCUUAGCCUCUUCUUUUUGUCUUAUUUUGGCAACAUGAGAUGUGUCAAGCAUCUUUUUAAAUUCAAGUUUUAACUCCAAUCUCCAUUUUUGCAUUUUGUUGGAUAAAAAGAGAUUCCUUUAUUGAUACUAUACACAUACAUGAGCCAAAUGGGACUCAGCGGGUAUUCUUUUUCAUUACUUAACUCUUUCACUCUUAGGAGAGAUCAAAAAGUAAUUUCUUAUUGGAUUGUCAAUACACUAUCAACCAGACAAGUGAUGAGAUGAGAGAAAAUUAUGAAAUAAGAGAAUUUUCUGGGUUAAGCACCAAAUUCUGAAAGCUCAUCUAUCGUCAUGAGAAGUGUACAGUGUACAGUAACGAGAAUUUGUACAGAGAGUCAGGGAGGGAAAGAGUCAGUAGGAUAGAGAACACUAGAUUGAGUAUGCUCCCAUGUUAUAUUUUACAUAAACUGGGUAAUUUAGUAUUAACAACUGAGUUGAUAACAUUAAUUGGCCACCAUAAAGAAUUCACAAGCUGAUGUUUCAAGCAUUAGCCCUUCAUCAGAGCAAUUGAAGGAAUUGUAGGUUAUGUGUGUGGGUUUAAAUGGAAUGAAAAUGGAGCUACUCUAUUGGUGAGAAUAUUGUGACGAGAAAACAAGAAUUAGCUGAAUGAAAAGCGCUCAUUGAUACCUUGAGGAUUUAGUGUGCCCAUUUGAAAGAUAAACUUUUGUUCUAGAGUUUUGCAUCUUUACAAACAUCCUAGAUGUAGGGGAAGGCUGCAAACUGCCAUAUGCUGCUUAGUAUGAUGAGGGAGAUUAGUGUCUAGCAACUGGUUUGGAUGGGUCCUUGUCAGUUCUUUCUAAGUUGCGAUGGUGUUCUCGGAAACAGUCACUUGAUCAUCUUUCUGUUUCACCAAUGUAUAACUUUUUGCAAUAAGUGCAUGUUAUGUAGUAGAUGAUAUUGGCAGAGGUGCACAUGAGUUGAUCAGUGAUCUUAAUGGAUCUCUUGGGUCCUGACAUUUUCUCUAUGUUAUGAAUGAAAGGACAAGUCUUGCAUAGUGAGCGAGGGCAUUUGAAAGUUUCAGGUUGGUCAUAGGUCAUAACAUUAAAUUACCUUACUUUCCCACUGAGGCAGUACCACUGUUUCUUUAGAAACUUACCCCCUUUAAUAUUUUAUGUUACUAGUCCAACUACUUUCCUAUGCUGCUCAAUCUGAAAGACUAGAGAACAUUGCAUUAUAGAAUGGACAGUGAUGUCUACAGCACAUAUAAUGACAGAAGAAUCUGGGGCUAGCUAACUUAAAAUUUGCAUUUUGUUUCUUUAUAGGAUUCCAAAAAUCUUUUUUGGAACAAGAACACACAAGCAAAUUGCUCAGAUUUCAAGGGAACUCAAGAAGACUGUCUACAAGCACGUUAAGUAAGAACGAAAAUGAGAUAUGAGAUGAGUUUUGUUGAUAUAAUGACAAAAUAACAAAUUUUUCUCCUCAAAAAUGUGUCAAUAGUGUUUGAUCAAUUGAUCCCUAAAUACAAUUAUCAAAAGAUAUUGCAUACCUUUCGGAAGCAGCCUCUCUUUCACUCUUUUGGUAGACCUAGAAGACAAAGGAAAUACCCCGAAGAAAAAAACAAUAAUCAGGUUAUGGCAAAUCUUUGAAAAUGAUAAAACAGUUUCAUUUUAUUCAGACAGGUUAAUUGUGUAUAGAGUGCAUUAAAACAACUAUCAUGGUGAAAUUUUUAAACAGGGUUCAUUCCUGUCCUGGAAAGUCAUGGAAAUCUGCUUAACUCAUGCAAUAAAGUUUUUGGAAUUUGUAUGAGAAAUGUAUGUAGGCCUUAAGGAGAAUGAUUUUUGAAAUCUUGGGAUUGAUAGGGUCUAGGGUGAAAUUUAGAGUCCUGGAAAAAUCAGUCUGAGUUCUGGUAAAGUCCUUAAAAUUUGUUUUUGAAAAUGGGAGUGAUCCCUGUAAUAAUGUGUAGGUAUUAUUUCUCUUUACUUAUGCAGGAUGACCAUACUUUCCAGUCGAGAGCAUUCAUGUGUUCAUCCAGUAGUUUCCAAAGGUAAAAAGAAGAAUGAGGAGUGUAAAAAGUUGCUGGAUGGUUCAGAGGUUUGUAGGGAGCUAUAUUUCAUUUUUGAUUUUUUUUUUUUUAACUCAAAUUAAAACCAUAUCAAAAUGCGUCAGAAGCGACCAUUUUUGGAUUCUGUAGUAUAAGUAUAAGUUGUCAAUUUAACAAAUAGACUCUAUGUUGGUGUGCGUCUGUUCAGUUAAACAAAUAGAUUUCAUUUUCCUUGCCUCUGAUCACAGACAGCUUCAAAAUGUGAUAAGAACAAAAUAGUGGGACACAAGAUGCAGCCAAGUGUGUUCUGAUGAUCUUACUAUAUUUUAACUCUUCUGUGAUCUCUUAAUUACUGCCAGGUUAACAUCACAUUUAUUUGCCUUGUAUAAAAAAAUUUUAAAAAAAAGCUUGUUGAUGGUAAUGUCACCCUAUAUUGCAUUACCUUUGUCGUGCUUCAAUUUCUAUUAACUUGCGUGUUUUGGUUUCUUUUUUCAUAAUUUCAAGGGUAUGACCUGUAGAUACUAUCAAAAAGUUCACACCAUUCGGACUCAAACCAGCUUGAGAUACCAUGGUCUGUCUGGUGCCUGGGACAUUGAAGACUUGGUAACUCUAGGAAGUCAAAUCAAGGUAAAUUAGCUUUCAUUAUCAUUAAUUAUCUCAAGUUGCAAUAUUGAUAUAUUGUUUGAAUAAUCUUUCAUCAUUCAAAUCAUAGUAAGUGCUAGAUGCAAGUUGUACUGAUACUACACAUAGGAUUGAAAAUGAUUUCUAAACAAAGGAUUAUUUUAUUGUACAUUGUGUUCCCUUCUCAGUAGUGUUAUUUUUGGUUAAUUUUUACCUGUGUUCACUAAAAUGCCAAUCAAAUAUUCAACCCCUUCAUAUUUUCAGUCAUAGUUUUUAAUGGAGAAGAGAGGUCACUCUAUAAUUUCUCAAUUUUCAGUCAUUAUUUUUGAAAGGAGAGAGGUCACUGUCAUUUCUCCAUUUGUAGUCAUAGUUUCCUCCUGUGUAGUCAACUACACUCACUUUUAACAGUUACACAUGAUCAUUCUAAAUAGAAGUAUAUUUUGUUAUGUCCAUUUGUAGGCUUGUCCAUAUUUUGCAGCAAGGGAGUUAAUGAAGGAAGCUGAUGUCAUUUUUUGCCCAUAUAACUAUCUCAUUGAUCCAAAAAUUAGAAUGCAGGUAUGAUUAUGUUUGUUCUUUCUCAAAACAUUUGUUCUUAACCCUUUAACUCCCAGAUCAAAUUUGCCAUUCUCCUUAAUGUCAACCAUAAAAGUCUUAUAAUGCUAAUUCGCUUAUCUGGUUGAUAUUGUAUUGAUAUUGUAAGGAGAAAUUCUGUCUUGGUCGUUCAUGGGAGUUAAAGGGUUAACUAUCUUUCAUUUUCUACUAAGUAAAACCUUACAGUUUAUUUGAAUCAACUAAUUUCAACCCCCGGAAAUCUUUACAGAUUCAGAACAGUUAGAUGUGUGUUGCUUAUUUGAUAUUUUUCAGAUGGAUAUAAAUCUCAAGGACCAGAUCGUUGUUCUAGAUGAAGCGCACAAUGUUGAAGACUCUGCACGAGAGGCAGGCAGUCUUACACUGACAGCUGUAGAGUUACAGAACACUCUAGAUGAACUUGAUAGACUAGGUUAGUGAACAUAGCAAAUCUAGCUUUGAAUUUGAAAGUAUAGUGCUGUCUAAUAAAAGUCUAACAGGUGUGUUGUGCUCUGGGGUCUCAUCUAGCCAAAACAGCUCACAGUUAAAUGAAGUACCAGCACAUACCAAAAUCUGAUUGCAUCCUUAUUUAUGCCAGCUUCAUUAGAAGAGAGUACUCCCUUUUUCCCCUUUUUUUUGUUAGAUAGAGAUCAGUAUUAUUUCAAGUAUUAUUUUUUCAUAAGUGCAUGAAAAUUGCUCUUUUCAAUAGUUCAAAUGCAGGUUUUGACAGAACACCAUCGCCCUUUACAUUUGAUGGUAAGUAUACCCCUGUUUGUAUCUAGGAUCAUUUGUUGUUGUAAUCUAUGCUUAUCCUUAAAGAGUGCAUUUGGAUUGGUGUGCCCUUCAGUUCAUUUCAAAUGGUUUCCUGGUGCAAGAGCCUUUACCAGAUAUAAUUAUUUUAAUUUCCAUCUCCACUUUUAUCCCUUGAGAGUGGAAUGUUUUUCCCAAGAAUGUGAACACAGACUGAUCUGAGUAUAUGGUGCCCUUUCAGAAGAUUUGGCAAUCCAUCAUUCUCUUGUAUAUUUUGUAACCUGUACUCUUAAACAAAUUUCUCUGAGCCUUGUUUUCACAAAGUUAGUAUGUGUACAUCUCACUGUAUUUACUAAUCUUAUUUGCAAAAGCUAUUAUCACUGAUAAUGAAAUAGCAUAGUGGUUAUUCCCCGGCAAAGAUUAAAAAGAUUGCUUCCUUCUUUCAAGCACAGAAAAAAUGGUGUUCUGACUAUCAGCUCUGUGGUUAACUUGAUUUUGUUUCUUGGUAAGAUUGGGAGUUUUCUGCGAUGGAUUCAUGAGAGUUCUGCACAGUUGAAAGAGAGAAGCUUUGAGCAGUCUUCUAAAGUAUGGUCUGGAAUGGAAAUCAUAGCUGCAAUGGAGAAACAAGCAAUCACACCUGGAACCUUCUACAUAUAUUUUGUAUGUGACUUUUUGAUUGAUUUUUCUAUCAGGGCUGACAUGUUGUGUUCGAGGUGAUUGGCUGGUCAUUCAGUGAAGAAAAUAGCCAAGUUAAUGUGAAAAUUUAUUUUUAAAUUCAUAGUCUAAUUUUUUUGCUAUUUUUAAUGUUUUGGUUCUAGAAAUACACUGUGGGUUUAUUGACAGAAAGUUAUGUUUUGAAAUGUCUUUAAGUUACCAGUAUUCUAGGCAAAUUAGAUCUUGUUAUUUCAAUGUAUUCUUUUUGUGAACAGGAACAUUAUCAGUAUAUUAUGGCAACCAUAAAAGAUCCAACAAGGUACAUAUAAAUUGUGAUUUGGCACUUAAAUACUAUGUUGUAUGUCAGUGCUUUUCUUAUAGUGGAGUUUGUUUAUGUAUUUCAUGAUUUAUGGGCACAGGAAAUGUUUUUAAGGUUUUGUAAAUGCUAAGAUAAAGGUUCAUUUAAAUUAUUAAAAAUCUCUCUUAGUACUGUAAGUGUAUUGUGUAUUGUGUAUUGGCUUGUUACUUUCCCAUAAAAAUCUGCUCUAAUUACACUAACAUUCAUUUUGCCAUUACCUUUAUUUUAAUCCCUUUCUUCCAUUCUCAGAUCAAAUGACAUGCCUACCUUGUCCUCUCAUAGUCAAAGUCUGCUGGAAGGGAUAUUCCUUGUUGGGAAAUAUAUGAUGGCAAACAAUAUGCAAUAUAUUUCUGAUUACAGGUACACUGUUUUCCGAUGCAUUUGUAAAAUUAAUGUCUUAAUCUUUUAAACCCUGAGAGUGAACAGCAUGUAACUUCUCCUUACAAUAACACUGCUGAAUCAUUCUUUAAGAUUACGAGAAUAAAGGAAUUGAUCACCAACCUUAGAAGCUUUGAUUGUUAGACAAAUUUUCCUUGUCGUUGCCAAAAUAAACGUAUAGAGAAAAGUAUAAAGACUAUGGAUACAGAUGUUUGGAUGUAAAUGGUUAAAUGCAUUUUUUUUCUCAGGUUUAGAAAAUCCUCCACCUCACUUCAUACUGGAUUUGUUCUUCAUAGUACCAGACUCUUAUUAUUAGAUGCAUGACAUGUUCUUACACAUAUGUGUAAAAUGGCUAACAGGCAUGACUCUUGCUAAUUAAGAAACUGUCAUCACUUUCUGUCCGUUGGUUUGUGUGAUUUGUGACACUGAACCUAAAAACCCUCUUUAGGGAGUGGUCAAGAAAGGUGGUUGUUUGUUUGUAAUGUUAAAAGUGUACUACCCGAGAGAAUUGAUUGGUUUUUUUCUAAUCUUCCAGGUGUGCAGUACUGAAAACAUCAGUCAUGGUUAGGGAUGUAGUUUUGGUAAGUAUAUAAUAGCUUUAGCAAACCUGAAAAAGUGUAAAAAUACGACCAGACGAUUCAAUUGAAUGAAAACAUUUGAUAGAAUUUUUUUCUUUCCUUUUAACUGUAGCCAGGAGGAUGGAGACGAUCUCAUGGAGGUGAGAAUCAUUGCACACUGAUUGAUCCUCAACACCCAGACAUCAGUAUACAUAUUCUCCAUUCUGUCAUCUAUACAUUUGUUAUGGUACUCACUUGGUGAAUUUAUUUAUCAAUCAACAGCUUUUCUUAUGACCUUAAUUCCAGGUUCAGCUUUUAUACUUUAAGGAGAAAUUAGGUUUUUAUCACUCUUAAAUAUUAAAGGGUUAAACACGGUCAGUGGGGUGGCAAUUAUAGAUUUUAACCGAUAGUUGGACUGAACAUCGCAAAGGAGCGCUUGUUCGAGGGAAAGCGUCGAUUCAAUGGUUGACGAUGUAUGGCAAAAUUUUGAGCUUAAGAUUGCAAUAGAUGGAAGGAAGAAUGGCUGACGCGCAAGUAGCAAUGGGGUGUUAUUUUAUUUAUGGCCCUAAUGAGGAACUUACUUUAUCUGAACAGGAGCUAGAAAGGAAUGGACGCAAUCUUUGAACUUUUGGUGCUUAAACCCUGCUGUGGUAAGAUAUCCUCGUGCAAGGAUGAUGCAUUUUCGCUCCUAUUUUAAGUCAGUAAAGAAUUCUUCUCGUUUGGUGUUAAUCUUCAGUAGGGUUUAGAUUUUUGCUUGUGGCUUGUUGAAAGUAAUGCUAGCAGUAAUGUCAGCAGACGUAAACCUUAGGUUAAAUGCCACUGUUUUUUUUAACUCGUACGUUAAUUUGGUGAUAAAUCAGAUUUGAAUUGAGAUUCUCAAAGUGAAAAUGGACAACCUGCUUGAAGCGCGGGAAAACGCGAGUGACGAAGUUGGGAUUGGUUUUACCUCUGCAUCCAAUUGGUUGAGUCGGUGGCGCGAGUUUUUCGGACAAAUCACAGGUCGAAGUAAAGCGAAACCAAAGCAAUCUGAGAUCCAUUUGGAUACUCAAUUGGAUAAGAGUUUGCUCUAUUAAGAGAGAUACAUGUAUCUUAAUAAAGUGUUGAAGGUACUCAUCGUGGUAAAUGCCCUGCAAGUCGUCUUCAUGCCAAAUGAUGAAGACUUCCAGUGUGCAGUCAAAACGUUCCAAUCCUCAUCGGAAGUGACUACAUCGUGAGACAAACGGUUAUACCUCAUUAUUUCAAGAGAGAUCUCUCCCCCAAGCUUGCCCAUGGGUCUUUCCUCUUUGUCUUGUUUUUCGCUCUUAAGGUUUUCUCAGAGCUUGGCUCUCAGGCUCGUUGUAUUGUGCUGACGUCUGGAACUCUUUCACCCAUGGCUUCAUUCUCGUCUGAGCUUGGAAUCAAAUUCCCGAUCCAGCUGGAGGCAAAUCAUGUCAUUGCCAAUUCACAGGUAUCGUUCCAUAAUUUGCUCCAAAAUUCUAGGGACAAUUUGUAGCCGAAUAGCAUCUGACGGUAUACUGGCAGCUAGAAGAUGCAGUGACAGAACUAGAGGCUUUAUCCCGACUAGGGAAUUUGGGAAUAAAUAGCUGGCCUCAAAUCUGGUUGAUCAUAAAAGUACAACUGUAAUUCUCAACUUGUCGAGAUAAGCCACAUUAAUUGAAUGUGAAAGCAAAUCCAAGGAUCAUACUGUUUUGAAUAUGAAGAAGUGAGUUGUUGGAGAUACACGACUUAAAGAGACUUAAGAUUCUCUUGUAGACUAUCCAGAAGGUAGAACUGGUAGGGUGUUGCUUUUGUUGUUGUUAUUGUCGUUUCUUUUUUAAUGAAAGAUUGUCUGCUCAACUAUUAGGUGUGGGUUGGGACUCUGUCAUCAGGACCAAGUGGAUCAGCUAUCAAUGCAAGUUAUCACAGUGCUGAGGUAUGCUACAGAAUGGCUAUGAGAUCUCAGUGCCUCCCAGUGAUAUUUCUUUGCUAUGAUUGGUUGUUGUGAUUGCUUCGGUUUUGGGUUUUGACUCUCAGCCGAAAAGCGUGCUCAUAGUCACUUGCGGUCAACAGAGCCUACUCCAUUGAAUGAAAGGUGCAAAACUUUCCUUUAUUUUGAUGACAAGUAAUAAAAUGGUAAUGACAGCGAAACAAAUUAUUUCAUUUAACCCUAAAGUUAUGCGUACUUAUCCUCCCAGGAUUUGUCGCUCGGAAAUUUUAUCCCAUAAAGCAAGAGAUUGUCUUCAGUUGCCGGAUUUUAAUUACAUCUCUAUAAUGUGAUAAUAGCAAUAGCAAUAACGAUAACGGUAAUGAAAUUGAUAAAGAUGAUGAUAAUAAGGAUGUUAAGAGUCAGGUUUUGUUUUGUUUAACUGAGAAAAUUUAUUUGUAGACCUUCACUUUUCAAGAUGAGGUUGGCAAAAUUCUGCUUAAUGUUUGCGAGGUAAUUUAGAUGUCUAGCCAUCCAUGUAGAUAUUGAGUUAUAUUUCACUGGCUUUUUCCUUUGGUUUUAUUACUCUUUGCCCUUAAAUUGACUCAGACCUGUUUGUCGCCUUCUCUGUAGACAGUGCCUCAUGGAGUACUCUGUUUCUUUCCUUCUUAUAACAUGCUGGACAAGCUAAGCAAACGUUGGCAGGUAUGAUGUAAUAGUAAUAGAGGUAAUGUGUAAUAGUUUUUGUGUUCUAAAGAGGGGGAUUUGAAUGGUUUUGGGAGAUUUAAAUUGAAUUCCACUCUGGCCGUGAGUUAAUCCUAAUUUGACCCAAUAUUAGGCUCACAGGUACUGAAAAAGGACAUGUUGUUCAAAGUUGAUUACUAAUAGCAGGGACUGAGAAAUGUUCAAGACUUUCGUCUGUGGAAAUAAACAAAUGAUUGCUUGUUUUUUUUUCACAUACAACCUAUCAGCUGACUGGUUUUGAAUGUACGUACAUUGAAGAAUAAAUAUUGUGAUUGUUACUGAAAUAGAUGCGCCAUGUCUGGCCACUCAUCUUCUACAGGGCGUGAAGAGAGAAAUCUCCAUUGGGUGAAGCGUUUUCAUUGUGUUACAAUGUUUUUUUUUUUUUUUUUUAAUUUCGCGUAGUCAACAGGUUUGUGGUCAAAGCUUGUGGAUAGAAAAGUACUUGUCAGUGAGCCACGCAGUGGGGACAAAUCAGGUUGGUUGUGAUUUAUUUUGUCUUUACAAAUGUCUCUUUUGUCAUGGUUUUUUCGCGUUCUAAAUUGCCAGAUUUUGAUGAUAUUAUGCACCAGUUUUACCAUGCUGUGAGAGCAAGUGAAGGCGAAGAGAGUAACAUGCAGCAAGGUAACUUCUAGAUACCUUCUUACCUUUAUGUCAAUGCACUGUAAAAUAGUUUACAUGUUAUCUGAAUCGAAGAAUGUAAUUGAUAUUAUACGGGUAGUGAUACCGCUGAAGGAAGAAAUAACGCCGCUGGUCUGUGGGGCAUUCGUCUUUUAUCGGAGAUCUCCUUUUUCCCUUUUUAGAGGAGCGGAGGGGGGGGGGGAAGAGAGAGGAGGAGAGAGUUAUAGUGGGACUCUCAUAUUUCUAGCGUUUUAAACAUCUUGUUGAGGUUGGAAGCAGAAUUAUCGUCCUGAUUUGGUGAUCUUCAUUUCGAAAAUUGAUUUAGGGAAAGGACAUUCAAACCGUGUGAAAUCGGCAUUUAAAUAGUGCAUGAUAACUCAAUUUAAAACAAUUUAAAACAAUUUAAAACAAUUUAAAACAAUUUAAAACAAUUUAAAACAAUUUAAAACAAUUUAAAACAAUUAAAAACCUCUGGCCAGAACUGUUUAUCAGAUUCUUGAGGUACUUCUAGCCCAUACUUUCUGCUGAGCCUUUAAGGCUUCAUCUAACGUACCUUCUACUAUAUCAAGUUCCACUGCUUCUUGGCAAACAUUAAUAUGUAUUGCAGUAGUCCCAUUAUUUUCAGAGAUUUCUCGACAAGAAUUUCGCUCUUCUUCGCAUUCGCUUGUGUGAGAUUCCAAAUCCUCUAUGAAAACGGAAUUUUGGAUGAUAUUUCCAAAGCAAAUGGACCUGUCUUGUCUUGACUGGCUGGUAGCAUCAUCGGCUGAUCGGGCAUGCUCGGGAACACUUCGAACAAGACUUGAGAUAGGCAUUGUCCGGAAAAGAUCGAGGAAUCCGUCAUCUUUGUCGGGACUGACGGGAAGGCCAGCACAAGAACCUCGGUUGUUUUCAAACAAAUCUUCACUCGCUUUGUAUACGCGAGAGUGCUGUCUGCCAAAACAACUGGUUAGUUUCUCUCCCUCUAGUCCGGUAACGCAAAACCCACAGAAAAGACAUCUGGUGCAUUUGUUACUCCGCAUAACGUAUACAAAGGGUUUGAUAGAGCAUUGCAGCCAAUAGAGCCAAAGGAAAACACAUACCACUUCAUCUGGUAUGAGACUUUUCCUAGGGUAGAGGCUUUUGUUGUUUACGAUUCCUGCGAUGAAGAUAGGCGCUACCAGAAUGACGUAGACGAGUAUGAACGUCAACAGUGUCCAAGCCGAGUGCACGUGCGCAGCCAUGGUUAACUUUUCCUCGUUUGAGAACAGGCCGGGACUUACCCGUCGUCGAAGGGGAAGAAUCAAAGACAGAAUUUUCCGAAACGAAAACAGUACAAAAAGAACCACAAAAGCUGCGAUAGCGAUUUCUGUUGCAAUGUUAAUGGCAUUCCAGUGCUUAGGGGCAAGGAAACACAUUCCUGUGUAUGCAUUGUAAUCGAAUUGAUGACUAAGCAUAACUGCGGAGGGAGGAAUUGGACAAAUCCAGGCGAAGCACAGCAAAAUGUUGGUGUUCUUUCUCGAUAAACUGGGAAAACGCUUGCGAUAAAUUGCUUGGUAUCUCUCAUACACCAUGGCGCCCACAUUAAGGCAUGCUACCUGGGCGAAGUAAUUACCGAGUGUGACAUGUAAGGCGCAGAACACUUGGCCAAAAAUCCAUUUACCAGACGCCAGUGAAACAAGAGAAAAAGGUAUUAGGAGAAGGCAACUAGCGAGGUCUGCAAAACUUAGGCUUGCUACGAAACGGUUCAACGGUGGACGUAUUACAUCAACAACCAACACAGUAUAAAGAACGCGACCGUUUGAGAAGGUGCCAACGAGCAUGAAAAGGAGAAGUGAGGCUGUCUUCAGACCAGUUGUGGUCAAACUGUCUUCUUGUUCCAACAAUGAUCGAGUCGUGUUGUCCAUAUUAAGUGGUAAGAUGUUAUCACGACACAGCGACUUUUUCUCUUAAGGGGCAGCCAUUUGCACACAUAGUAGUCGAGGCGAAACUCUGUUUUCACAAUUUAGUUGUAAUAGUUUUGCUUCCAGUGUUCGUAUGUUUUAUAAUGACUUCGUUCCGUCGAUUAUCUGUUUUUAUUAAACGAAAUUCCUCCAAACUUUCCGUGAGUUUAGUUCAUAACCCUUGUCAUUAAUCCUACAUUGUCUUGCUUUCAUGUGGUGAAGUAAGGUAUAUCUUGUGCUGUUUCUUGCUCCUCACCGCUUGAAUUUCGAUCGUCCCCUGUAUUACGUAACUAUCAUUUUUAAACCAAUUUCUGUACUCACGUCUCAAAAUUAUUAAAAGGUUAUCCGUGCAUUUGCAAAUCUUUAGAAACUCGCUCUCAUAGAUGGAAGAGUCACACGAUAUUUAAACGUUCCAAAAAUGCUGGAACAGUAAUAAAGAACUGAAUGACGUAAAGAAACCAAAUCAAUGAGCUCUUUGCGGUACCGUAUUUGGAAAUUUUAAUGAUUUUUCAAUAGGAUAUGUUUCCCCACCUUAUUUCUUUUCGUGAGUGGUGGGAAAAGUCUCGGUGGAUGGUUGGACAAAAAAAAUUAAAAAUCUUCAAUUUUCUGUUGUCGAAUUUGCAAAUUCUCAGAUCCGUAUGAGUAUUCAGUUAUGAAGAUUUUAUCAGGAGAGUGAGACUCGCAGAAAGUGAAUGACGUGGAAAGAUUGCUAUGUCAGUAAUCGUAACAAAAGUCAUUCUUCAUAAACAAUUUUCAAAAUUUUAUCAAAUUUUCUCUGUAGCUCAGUUUUCAUGCAACGCAUGAUACAUAGAAGAAGUCCAAGUAACCGAUGAAAACAUUUGGCGAAAACGACUUUUAUAAUAAUUUGAACUUGGAUUAUGAUGUUAUCCCAUUUAUUUCACGUUUUCACGCCCUACUCUCACACAAUUACAUCGUCAAUCUUUUCGUCCCAUUCUAAAAGAAAGCUGUCACCUCGAAAGAGAGCAGUUAUCAAUUUCUUGUGCAUGUCUACUGAAAUUUUGUUGGUUUUGCUUUACUUUACUCUGCGAUUGUUUUCGACAAAUCGCGCCACUUUCUGAACCAAUCUGUUCUAUGUUCCAAGUUAUUAGGGAGGUGCAGAAUAUUCGCGAAAUAAAUUGAUGCCAAUAAGCAGUAUCCAUGAUUUUAUUAUGUGUGAGCACUCAUCCUGGUGACUUCUGUGUUUUGUGUAGAUUCCGAUGACGAGUCAUGUGUGGACGGUGGGUUGUUCUUAGCCGUUUGUCGAGGAAAAGUAAGCGAAGGACUCGACUUUGCUGAUAACAAUGCCAGAGCGGUGGUUACGGUAAGAGUACCUGAUUAAUAGGCCAUUUUAUAGUCGUGUACUUAGUUGCCAAGCCUGUGAUUUAGAGUGAGGCUGACGGUGACCUUGUUGUGAUAGAGACCAGUAUCUAGUUAGCAUGAUGACAAAGUAAUUUACAUUUGAAAAGUAGCAAGGUUUGUAUCAUGACAAGGUCACCCUUAGCCUCACUCCUGUUCAAAGACUUGACAACCAAGCACACAACUGUGAAAUGGACUAUUGCCCUCCGAAGCUUUUUGUUAGGGACAAGAACAGACUAAAGCCUCGACUGAUUUCGAGAAACUUCAAGAUGAAAAGUAGAAUAACUGUAGCAAAUUUAGAAAGAGUUUUGUUAUUACAAUUAUUUACAAUACUACAAUUUUCGUGCGACCGCAAAGUAUUCAGAAGCCUGUCUUUGUUAAAUUUAAGCUAUAGUGGUGUAGUAUCAGCACAACUAGGGGGGGGGGGGCAGGGGGGGGGGGAGGGUCGCUCAGAGUGACAUAAUUUUUCCUCUACGCCAAACCUUGAAUAGUGCAACAUAUGCAAAGCCAUAAUUGCUCCGUAUAAAUUAUCACUUUUUCAGUUUUAUUACUGGACUUAAACAAAGCCAGUUGAACUGACCUGAACAUAGGAAAGACAGUCUUUUUUUCAGCCUCGAAGGAAUUUUGAACAACUUUCUGAAAAAUUUUAUUGAAUUCAUCAAUCAGUCAGUCACUAAAUCGAUGAUAAAUCUAGCCAUAAAGUUUGAACAAACCCAUCCUCUUAAGUGGUUCAACCUCUCGUUUUUAUAAGCCAUUCGGUUGAAAACGGGAACUUAGCCCUGCAAAUGCAUAUACUCGUCUGCAUCUGUCCCUUUCGCGAGGUUUAUACAAGUCACAUUUAGGACGCUACAGUCCUUGCGACAGUUAAUUUAAAAUUAAGUGAUUUUCCCUUUUUCUUUCCCACUUCCCCCCCUCGUGAAAUGUAUAUAACGAGAAUUAGAAGUGGACUGCAUGAAAAAACUCAAGUUUGUGAGAUGUUUCACGGAAACUUAUCGAGGGUUCUAGUUCCUUUGGAGCUUGUUUUCUUACGGAAAUGGCAGCUUCGAGCGCAUCUUCAAGCUUCUGUUUGCUUCGGUUAUUGAUGUUCCACGAAGUAAUGUGUAGCGUCGAGAGUUUGCAAUUCUGGUGCUUCACUGCUUUACACAAAUUUGGCAGCACCACAGCAGUAAUUCGGUUGCUGGUCAGGUUGAGCAAUGUAAGUUUACAGUGCUUACAUUCCAGUGCUUCACAGAAGUAGUGUACUCCUUGAUUUGUUAUUUUAUGGCCCGAAAUUCUUAUCGCGGUUAGCUGGCAGUUUGGGUGUCUAAGUGUUUCACAGAGCUUUAGUAUGAGCGCAUCGGUCCAAAAGUCGUCAUUGGUCAUCUUCAGGUAGGUCAAUGAGGAGUUCACAUGUUGAAGUGACUCACACAGUUGUGUCAAUACAUUAUCAGUGAGUUGGAGUCCUCCAAGGUUCAAAUGGGUGAGUUUGCAACUCCUCUCUUUCAGCGACUCGCAUAAAAGACCCAAAGCUUCUGGAGUGAUCGAAGUAUUCUUAACAAGGUUCAACUUUUUGAGUUUGCAACUGUCCGCACUGAUAGCUUCUACCAGUGCAAUCAAGCCCUGAUCGGUGAUAUUGUUCUCGGGUAUCACCAGUUUGACUGGACCUCCCUCUUUUAGCAGCUUUGAAAGUUCUUUACAACCGCCAUCUCCUAAGGAAUUGCAAGUCAGCUCAAGGUAGUAGUUUAGCGGCUCAAUGUGUUUUAAGAAGUAAACGAUUGCUGUGCAAUCGGCAGGUGUGACGUUACAGUUCCAUAACUGAAUGAAUCCGUGGAAAUCCCUGUUCUGCUUUAACAUUCAGGCUACUCUCUUCACUGUAGCCGCGUCAUUGUAUUCGUACAGGCAGUUCAUCAUGAGCAAAGCUUUCCUUCUUGACGGUCUGCUAGGUGAUUUUGAGAGCAGCGAAUCGUGAAGGCAAGACACAAUACCCUCGAUGGCCUCCAUUUUUUUACCAUGGAUCAAUCCUGCAACGAAUUGAAUGACAAGCUGCCACUUUGGAUCCUCAGCGUUGGAAGUGAUAAAGAUCUUCAGUUCAGCCGGAUCCAUCUUCGAAAUUUCCCUUGCCGCGAGAAACUCUUGUAAGGUUAAAUGGAUGAAGCUGAAGCGCUGUUUGAAUUCCACCGGUGACAACCUUGCGUCAGGUAAUUGGGUCAGCAAACCACAAUUUGUCAUUCCUGCGACUUCUUCUUUAUCGAAUAUUAACCGUCCUUCCUCUAUACCUCUCCUCGCCAACGAUCCAAGAUCAGUCAAAGUCUUUUCAACCGAAUCUGAAAAGUUUUCGUUUCCUCGAAAUGGUUUAUCUCGAAAUUCAGGAUAAUGUGAAAAGACAAACAACCUUAGGGCUCCAAGGUACACGUCCGUCAGUCUUGUGGGCAAAAUGACGCUUCCUGCGUCAGGUGGAGAUGGCUUGAUUAACUCCUUCAGAAAGUAACAAAAUAUGCGGCAAUUCACAGGGAUGUAACAUAAAGACAACAAGUGUAAGUUACUACUCAGAUGCUCCCAUAUUCUGGCUGCAGUGUGGCCGUCUCCUUGGCAGUAUUUGUUCACAUAUUUGUGAGCUUUCUCUUCCGUAAAUCCCAUAAUUUCCACAGUCCUCUCAAAAUGUGAGACCUCGACGCUUUCCAAUGCUGUCGGCCUACAGCUCGUCACCACUGUUACAUCCGGAAGGAGUUUGCCUUGCAGUAACUUUACGAACAAGGCUGAUACCGGCAUUUCUUCGGUAGGAGAAUUACCGAACCGUGCGGCUUCGUUUGCAGUACAACUGCUCUGGUCCUUAAAUUCGUCUAAGCCAUCAAAUACAAGCAGGAUUGUCUCGGGGUUGUCCAAUAACUCUUGAAAAAGGCCAUGGUCCACUGUUCCUUCCAUACAAGCAGCGCGAUUAAACAAUUGCCAAAGGGAAAUCUUUUCUGUCGUUUCUGCAUAGAAUGAUCGAAAUUGGAACAAAAAGGCGUACUUAAAACGCUCCGAAAUGUUACGGAAAAGUUCCCCUUUGCUCCAGUCCCGAAGCAACUUUCGACAGAGCAGCGACUUCCCGAUGCCAGGGCGACCAACGAUAAGAAUUUUGCGAGGGUUGUCGGCAUCUUCGUUGGCUAGAAAAAGGUCUUUGCGCGUCUUGAUCUCAACAGAUCCUUUUUUACUUUCAGGCUUCAAGUAAAAGUCGUAUAUUAGAUGCCUUUUGCAUUCCCUAAGAAAUUCGUCAGUAGCUCUUCCGGUGUAAAUGAUCACAUCGAGGAAUAUUUCAUCCAAAGAAACCCUCUUAUUUGCGCUUUCCUUACCACAGUGGAUAAGUGGUUCCAGAAAUUCUGUCUCUUGUAGUAUUCUCCUUUUCAUGCGUUGACGAGAGCAAACUGGUGUCAGAGCUGUCACGCUUUGGUGAAAGAAAUAAUUCGCACAAAAUUCUGAGUCAGACGCGAAUUUGCUUCUUCGAAAUGCUCGCACUACAAGAUAAACAAUUUCCCCGAAGACCAGAAAUGCAAAUAUGACAUUAACUGCAAGGACCAACAGUGCGCAUGUGCCCUUUUCAGACGCAACGGAGUUAUGACAAUAUGUAAUAGGUUUGCUUUUUGCGGACGAAGCGCUCUUUGUGCCAUUCAACGAAACGCAGACGAAUGCGACUUGAAAGCCGCCUGAAUAAAACAUGAAGUUUUGCAACACCGCGAAAAUGAUCCCCAACGACAGUCGUGCGACGAGAUGAAGGAAAUACAAGAAGAAAAUACAACGAGUUUCGACUCUAGGCCGUGGACGAGGGUUUUCUGCGUCUGGUAUUACCGCCGCUUGUAGCUUAUCCACUCGAGAUUUCACGCAACACCAACUGUAAACAAGGCAUACCACAAUCACCGUAGCAAAAUUUAAUAGGACAAACACGUAAAGCGGCAGCGGAGAAUUAUAAUGUUGCUCAUACUUGUCAAAGCACUGCGCCUGAAGAAAUAGUUUGUCAGCCGGUUGUGCGCCGCUGAAAUCGCAAAGAAACGUUCUCCUUUCGUUCAGUCUCAACUUGCUUGUGAUUCCUACAAAUACAACUCCUGCGAAGAAAUAGACGAUUGCGACAAUGUAGCCGAAUAAACUGAAGCGAGUUGGAGUUAGGAACUCUUUCAGUCCUUCCAUUGGAACGGUGAAGAUUUGCUUGACGAUCACUUCGAAGCCGAAUUAGCUUAAGGACGUAGGAGUCAAAAGCGCUUCUUUUGAUUCAUUCGUUGCAACAACAUCCGCCGGCCAUUGAAUAGGCAAAUAAUUUUAAAAAUGUGGGAGUUAUAAAGUCUUUCUUUAGUCCUUCCAAAGCGACAAUGGAAUCGGUUACAGUGGAUCCACGGAUAUGAGUAACUCUUCGAACUCUUUCAUUGCUUCGACAUCGUGUGGAGGUAAACUGAACCCGUAAGCAGCUAGCAGAGAGUAGGAAGAUUAAAACGCAGAUCACGUUCUUAAUGGAGCAACCAGCUGCAAUAAAUUUUGGAGGGUUAUUUUAAGACUGACAAGAAGUCCAUUGUCACUGAUGAAAUAAUAUGACAGCUUUUUGUAUCGUAUUUCUGUUUGAACAUGUUUUUAAAACUGAGACAUAUUUUUUCGUUUCCCGGGUGAUUUUUUAAACUUUUUCGAUUCAUGGAUUUAAACGGAAUUGAUAAUUUGCUAAUGGAAAAAACGCCCUAGGUGAAACAUCGAAAAAGAGAUUAAUACGGCGCAACUGAUGUCGGUCAAACAAUGGUAAAAAUGCAAAUUUUAUUUAAUCCUGUCGAGUGAUGUAAAUUAAAAUCGAUAUGCGGUUGAUGUUAAAAAUACAGCUUUUUUCAUACAUUCAAUUAUUGUGUUUCAAUCCUGUCUAACUGCACAAAAUGGGCAGUUUCGCGACAUACACAUCCACUGAAAGAUUUUCAAGAUACAUCCCAGGGGUUUUUUGACAAAAAAGUCAAUAAAGAAAAAGGGAAGACGUGUUAACGACUAUGCGUGAGGUCAAGAUGGCUGGAUAUUGGCCCAAUUCCCUUUUUUUCUGCGAUUUUUAUGGAACGAAUGGAAGUCGCGGCCAGUAAAAACGUAAAGAAAAAAACGAGGCGAAUAUUUUGCGGUCUUGUCAGUAAAGGAUUUAUCACAUAGCAAAAAGAUAUGACUUCAAAAGCCCAACUGUGUUUGAAGCGCAGUAAACCCACGAAAAUCGUUUAUGUUUUACUUUUUUUUGACUGCCUUCGGGCCCAUCUUGCCCGCUCGGAUAGCCAAUCAGAAGAUAGGAUUCGCUUCAUAUUUCCCGUACCGCGGGUGAUAUAAUGAAGGCGUUUAUUUUAACAGCUAGGCCGUCAGAAGAUCAUUGGAAUUAAAUCUUAUAGUUUUUGGAGCCCAGAUCUCUUCUCUUUGUUGAAAAUCAUUCACCUCAGUUGAUGUCUUUGAUCAAAGCCUUGUCAAAGCGUAUUUGAUCGAAGUGUUACAAAACCAAAGCUUCAGGGAAAAAAAGCCAAUCAGGGCAAAGUUGAAUGUCACAAGGAGCCAAUGAAAACGCGCUCUUGAUUGUUAGACAAAUUCUCCUUUUCAGCCCCUAAAAAUGUACAGAGAACAGUAUGGAGAAUAUGCAUAAACAAUCACAGAGCGGCGAGAGGCAAAGCUUAUCAGUUUUUUGUCACUUACGGACGUUCUUUACUAAGUCGAUUCGUACCCAGUUAGAACUUAAUGUGUAUUUUACUCGUUUGACUCAACUAACUUGUUGUAUGCAACAAUCGACGUCUUUUCACGCCCUUGUACUAAGGUAUUUCGUGACAUAUCUGGGCUCUGUUCGUUACUGAAUGUAAGGAUAGGCACGAAUCGAUCAACGGUUCGGGUACAACUGACAUAAACUAGGUACGAAUCGUUUGAAUUUGGGUACGAAUCGAAUGAGCGUGAAACGUCCUUGGGUAUGAAAUGACUAGUUGCGGAGGCAAAACCGAGGCAAACCGUAUGGAUGUUCAAUUGUAAAUUUUAUUACUCUUGAUAUAAAAGUUUGAAAAGUCAGAAAGAGUUUUAACUUAGGGAAGAGACAAACCCAAUUUAUUUUAACUUGGGUAAGAGACAACCCCAAUUUGUCUUAAAAGAACGUUUUCUCUCUCUCUUCUUAUGCAGAUCGGAAUUCCUUUUCCAAAUGUGAAAGAUGUCCAGGUAAUUAGGCGAUAAAUUAUCUGAAAUAACCUAUCUUGUGCUGUUAGCUAUGAAAUACAAUUGAAGUUCAUAAAAUGUCGCUGACUGACAAAACUACGUAGGCGAUUGUGUCGUCUUACCGCCUGGGUUGGUAUGACUUUCCUGUCAGUGCUCAGGUGAAACUGCUGAAAGCCAAUCAUGAUCGAGAAUUUGUUAUAGUGGCGAUGAAACCUCUAGCUACCAAGAGCGAUUAGUUUUAAGCCAAUUCAAUUUAUUUAUUAGUAUUAUGAUAUUUAUCUUGAAAUUUUGGAAAUGAAAAACUAGGACCUUUUUGUAUAUCCUCCGAAAACGAUAUUCCGAUAGAUCGGAAUCGACGAUGGUAUAUUUUCUUUUCAUUUCGUCCACCUCAAGAGUAGGGUUGGAUUCUGUUCUUAAAAAGGCAGACGACGUGAAGGGUAGUUUUUGGGACCUUCACCUUGUUCAAAGCGUUAUUUUUCACUUUUGUUUAAAGGUGGAACUCAAACGAAAAUACAACACGCAGUAUUCAGCGAGCCGAGGACUGUUAACAGGAAGUGAGUGGUAUGAGAUCCAGGCCUACAGAGCGUUGAACCAGGUUAGUCUUUCAAGUUAAUCAAAAUGAAAGGUAAAAUUAGCUUACGAGCUUACGGGCUUACAGCCAGAAUGCUGCUUCUGCUGGAGCUUAUUCAAUUUUCAGAGGCAUGAAGGGACUAGGAGCAUUGUUACUUACCUCUUGAUGGGAUGUUAGUCUCUUGUAAGGUUACCUCUUCCUUCCUCCCUUCCCCUCCCCUCCGACAGUAUUCUUUCAGGCUUUCCCGACAGUUAGUCGGUAAGCGCAUAUUAUCCUGUGCACCGAGAGGCUCUUUGAGAUUUGAGUGUUUUGCUCAAGGACAAAUAACAAUCCGCCUGUUGGGGCUCGAACCAAAUGCCUAUACCGUUUAUUACCUUUUUUGCGUGGCGACACGGUUCAAAACAAUGCGGAGUGAUGAUACCUUAAUUUUCUUCCGGAGGAUUCGAUGGAGUUGACAUUCUCGUCGGCCUAAUUUAGAAAGAAGAGCCUAUUACAUCGCCGUCCGCAUGUCGAAAUAUUUGUAGUAGAAUAAAAAUCUAUCACAAAAAUAUCUAAAAUCUUAAUGCUUUUUUUCAGGCUCUAGGAAGAUGCAUUCGCCAUAAGUGAGUAUGUCUUAUUUUAUAUGAACUGCCUAAAAUUGAACUCAAAGAAAACAGGCUAGCAAACUAAACUGAUACAAACUCGGAGGGCCGGUUAUUUACACGAGGUCCAACCCAAACCAACGGUUUUACGCAAUCAGUGGACUUCGAGCUUUCUAUAAAGGAGGGUUCCUUCCACUGUUAGCUUUCGGCUCUCUUUUGCUCACAAAAAUAAAUGUUCAGAUGAAAGGUUCGGCAAAAUUAGAAUUCUUUAGGACACGGUUUUGUCAUAUAACGGCUAAACUUUGCCGUUUUACUUAUCAGACUGUAAUGGCUUGCCGGAAACUGAGUUCUUUCGUCAAUCUUAGACUUCUACUACUAUAACGAUAAGUGUCAUAUCGUUUGUAUAAGUUUUUUUGGUCUAAGAAACUAUUACAACAAGGCUGCGACAGAUCGCAUGGCUAUUUGGUACUUAUUUGUCGUCAGGUUACUUCGUUGUAGGCAGUCCGCACCUAACUUACACCUAGCUAGGCUGUGCUAGGCUGUGCUAGGCUAUCAGUUAGUGGGAAAGGGCAAAAAAGGGAGCAUGUUUACAAUGGCGAGCGAGUACUCGAAGAAAUCCUUAAUAAUCACUUAAUCUGUUUCUGAAUAGAGUGUUUUAUUUCAAUAAUUACGUUUGCGGGUGGAUUAAGGCUUCAGAGGGCCGACGGACUAGAGGCUCUCUGGCUUAAAAUUAAGUACCCUAUAGCGUUGAACCUUCUCCUAAGCGGCCUGGUAACUAACAAUUUGACUUUUCACAGGCAAGACUGGGGAGCUAUUCUAUUGAUAGAUGAACGGUUUAACAAGUCUCCAAAGUAUACUAACGGUAAGAAACUACAUUUGUGAACUUCACAACAGGUCUGCUUAGUUUUACCUAACAAAAUGUAACCAUUUAUAUAGGGAUAUCCAAAUGGGUCCGAAAGAGAAUUGCAAAGUUUAACAACUUUAAUGAGGCUAUGUCGUCCUUGAAAGAAUUUGCAACUGCGCGUAAACUAGAUCCAUGCCCUUCCGGUAGCAGCCCGGGCUCACUCAGCCAGUUGAGCAAAAGCACAGUGGAGACUCCAGCUAAAGAGCAAGGCGUUCACUUUCGCACUAAACCACUUGAGGACGACAGACUGUCUCCACAGCUUGAUCCCAGCAGAACUCCGGUUCAACACACUGGUACUAAACCAUUUGCCGAGCAAACAUCGCCUGUCAAUUAUCAAGGAAAUAAAAUCUCUGGGUUUAUGCCUGCGUCUCAUUUGACCCCUUCGGCACUCUCUGAAGCCACUCCCCAUGGCGUAUCUCUUAGUGUUGAGAGGGCUGCCUCAAAACUUGCGCAAUUCAAGCGGAAAAGUGUUGGUCAAGACAAGAGCGAGAGGCACGUUUUCAAAGGGAUGGAAUCGAUUUCUGAUUUUACACCAAGAAAUGGCGGAAAUGUGUUAUCAAGUAAGCGCAAUGAGGUAAAUGAGGACAAGAAAUUUGUCAACCAGGUGUCGGUUGGGAAAGUUGACUUUAAUCAUGCCAGCGAAAACCACUCAAAUGAACAGCUGUCUUACUCUCCUGUUCUGUUUGCUACGCCCCAGUCCAGUCCUUGUCCUUCGCCUUCACCAGUUAAGCAGGAAUUUGACACGUAUAAACCAGUUGAAAGAGAAGUGAGGACAGAUGUAAACUCUUCGAACAUGAAUUCCUUCUGUAACACAUCAAGUCAUGCUAAAACUGUAGAAAAUGGAUACAGUGAUCUAAGCAAAAGUUCAAUCCAAGUGUCAAAAGAUAUCAGUGAUUUCGAAGAAUCGGGAGGCCAAGGCUUCGCUGUUAAGGAAAUUCCCUCCGAGGUAAAAGAAGAGAGUAAGCCACGUGACUUCUUAGACGAGGUUGAAACUGAUUUUCCCUUGGAUAAGUCUGAGUUGGCAAACCGUUAUGUAGACUCAAAUGUGGGUGCGAAGAAAUGUUUCGAUAGGAAAAAUUGUAAAUCUGAGAUGCCGAGCAACGUUCGACAGGGACAGAGAAAGAGUUCGAGGCUCAGACGAUCUUCAAAUGGCACCGGGUGCACUGAGAAGGAACAGAAAGAAGUAUGCGAGGUAUCACUGUCACUUUUUCGUUUUUCACUUUAGUAAGGAUGGGAAUCAUGUUGAUUAGCACCUGCCUCAAACGACGCUCAUUUUUUCCUAGUGUGAAAUUUCACGUUGGUGGUGCCUUGUUGUUUGUAGCAUUAUGUCUUGCGGUCAGUAUUUAAAAAGCCGUACUAGUCUCACUAAAUUACGAAGUCAACUUUCGUUUUGAUUUAAUAGUAGUAUGGUUACAUUUCCAUCUUCAUCUGGAGUACAAUAUAGACUUGGAACCACUACGGUCGAUUCCAUUAUGUUGUUUGCGGAAAAUCACUUUUUUCACAUCACUUUUAUUUCAUUAUUUGAUUUUAGGAAAAACCAGAGGUUAAAGGUGGCAAUCCUAUACUGAGUUGUGGCCGAUGUGGAAGCAACCUUGUUGCAGGUGAGUUAGUAGAGCUGUUGCACAACCCAAGCAGGUUUCCAGGCAUUUCUAUAAUAUAAAUAAGCCAUAUCUUUGGUAUAGGAGGUACGGAUACCUUUUCAUGAUAACCAGGUUAAAAUGUUCACAAUUAAACCUUAACUCCCUAACAUCAGUAGGCAUAUUCUUCAUACUCUUUCGAUGUAUUUCUUUUGAUAUUGACAUGGAGAAUUUGUUAAACAAUCAAGAGGUUCUUUAGUUGUUGAUCAUUUCUUUUUAUUAUAAUGACCUCAAUGGGGUGAUAUUGUUAAUUGGAAAUCAGACGCUAGUCACUUUAAAGGGUUAAUGCACUUAAAAUCCCUUUAGCUCCUCUCUUCACCUAGGAUAUGAAUAGGACAAAUGAGUAUAAAUGGGUACAGGUGGGUUGUUAGGGAAGUCUGACGAAAUGCCUAGUGAUGCCCUCUGUUGGAUUUUCAUUUCUUCCUGGGAAAAUGGCAAUACUGUUAGUUUUCAUGGUAGGAAACCUGGAAUAAGCUGCAACAGUGGGCCAUUAGGCUCGUUAACAGAGUUAACCUUUAAUUCGGAACUGUAAUUAAUUCUAGUUCGCUGAUAUUGUCAUCUCGUCCCUGUAGGUCGCGUCGUUGUUAGACCCUUCCCACUAAAGAUUCCGGAAUUACUGCGGAGCUCUUUUAGGAUGUUGGAAACAAUUGAUGACAAAAGUAUCAAUGUUAUCGACAAGGGGGCUUGCGAAAUUUUAAACCUGGGUUACCCGGUUGCAGAUGCAAAAAACGAUGACUUUUCAGGUAGUAAACAAUAGGUUCACUUAUUUUAUUAAAAUUAUGUCGGUGGGAUUGUUAAAUCGUAACCUUGAAUCCCGUCAGGAAAAAAACAUUUAAGAGUGAAAAGAGCAAAAGUGUAGAGACUGUAGGCCCUUGAUGUUAUUUGUUUCUGAUUUCGAUCUCUGAUUUGUCUUCGUUUUGUUUGGUUUCUGUUUAUCUUCAUAACGUGGGCGAAACACAGUGGGACGGUUAUUUAAACAAAGUUUAGCUGUUAUACAAAACUGCGCUCCAAACAAUCCUAAAUUUAGCUGAAUCUUUUUUCUGAACAUUUAUUUUUAUGAACAGUGUCAAGAGGGCCGAAAGUUAACAGUGGAAGGACAUUUAUUUAAUAAAACCGUCUUACAGAGAAUACGUAAAGCCCACUGCUUGCGUAAAACCGCGGUUUGGGUUAGACCUCGUGUAAAUAGCCGGCCCAGUGUGGUUUAUGGAUUGGUGGAGGUUGAUGGGCAGGAAUAUUCCCUCCACUUCUCACUUCAAACGCAUGUGAUCAUGCUUACAUAGAAUUAGGGCUGUACAAAUGUUAAUUAUUAUCAAUUAGUCUCCAUGCGGUCAUCUCCGUCAUCAUAAAAAAAACUUUUGGCAGCCUCUGCGUUCCCUUCUGGCGCACCAACAACAGAAAGGGCAAUUAACGAACCGCUGAGUUAAAAAUGUACAAAAAAUGGAAAAAAAUUAAUAUUUCAGGGAGAAAACUACCAAAUACAAUAGAAAUACAAACGAAUUGAGCAGCACCGCGGUAUAUCAAUGUUAACCAGUUAGUUGUUGUUCGGUGUUAACGUCUUAGUAACGGAGUGUGGGGGAAUAUUGGCUUAAAGUCGUGGUAAAAAAACGACCGAGGGCCUAUACUCCCCUGUACGGCUCGAGCAAGCAAGGCUAGCUAGUAAUUUGUUAUAUGGCACUUGGACCAAACUUGCUACUUUUGAAUUUGCUGGCAUUCGCGAACAGAAGCACACGGCUCACGACCGUUUGCGUGGCAACGGUCCGUAUGGCAAAAUAACAACUAAGUAAGAGCCAAUCAGAACGCUAGGAUUUACCUCAGGAACACCUUGCCGUGUGAUAGAUUGAGAUACUUAUUUCGCGUGAAUUAAUAAGUUUCUGACAAGUUUUCAACUAAUGUGAUUGUAGGUGUGAAUUCUGUUUUCGUGCCAGAAAGCGAGAUCUGCUACAUCCCUCAGGUAUGCAAGGUGUGCCAGUCUACAAGAGGUGAAUCACACAUCGUGGGCUUACAUGUGGUAUCCUUCAGAACGUUUUCUGAAGAGGUAAUGUAGUGUUUUUGUAUCGCUCUUAACUCGUUUCUUAAACAACACCAAAUAACACUUUGAGAUAACCGUUUGAUAUGUUAACGUUGGUACUGAGAACCUAAUGGAAGAUCAAAGAAAAUCAAAUUUUUGGGAUGAAGUUUUUAAUUUGCGCCCAAAUUGAUCUCUACAUGAAGUUAACAAAUUUGACUUUGUCUUCAAAGUGAUUGUGAUGUUAGCCUUUGCUAUUAGCCUACUAACACAUGUUUGUUGUUCCAACCUUACUUGACAGGUCUGGCUAUUUCCUAGUAUCGUUUUUAAUCGUCAACCAUCGAGCCACCAGAACUGAAAAGACCUGGCUCAAUCGCAUCUCUGCAACUCGACUCUGCUUUGUCACAGAAACACGUCAUGAAUAAAAUUAUUUGAUAUAAUGUGAUUAUGACUCGGCCAUUCCAUCACUCUUUUGCGUGGUUGCUUGUUGCAUUCACUGACUUCUUUUGUUUUGGUUUUGUUUUUUCAUUUCUUUUCUUUUGUUUUGUUUUGUUUUGUUUUGUUUUUGUUUUGUUUUG